AUGCGUUCCGUCAACUCUGUCGCUCUUUUCGCCGCCGCCGUUAGCGCGGGCGAGGUCCUCUGGGAUGGCCGCUUCACGGCCGACACUGCUAGCGAGCUGUCGUCGUGGUCGUGGUCGAACCAGAAGGGCGCCUACCAGUACUACAUCCACGGCUCCGGCGAGCAGACCGACUACGUCAACAUCGGCGCCGACUUCAAGAACCCCGCCGACUCGGCCUCCGCGCAGGGCGCCAAGAUCUCCAUCGACGAGACCUCGCAGUGGAACAGCGGCGGCAUGCUCCGCACCGAGCUGAUCCCCCAGACCUCCGCCGCCAUCAACGAGGGCACCGUCUACUACCACUUCUCCAUGAUGCGCAAGGAGGAGAACGCCCCCAACGCCAAGCAUGAGCACCAGGUCAACUUCUUCGAGUCCCACUUCACCGAGAUGAAGUACGGCCUGAUCAGCGGCGCUUCCGGCACCGAGAACACCGCUCUGCAGUGGUACGCCAACAGCCAGUCGCAGUGGAACGUGACCUUCGAGCCGGGCGUCUGGCACAACGUCGCCUACGAGAUCGACUUCUCCGGCGGCAGCGUCACCUUCUGGCACAGCACCGGCUCCGACGCUCUCACCAAGACCGCCGGCCCCGUCUCCGUCUCGGCCAGCUCCAACGGCGCCGACUGGCACCUGGGUGUCCUGCGCCUCGAGGGCAACACCGACGCCACGGCCGAGGACUGGUACUUCAGCGGCGUCUACAUCGAGAGCGGCGACCUGACCACCGAGAUCGGCUCCGGCUCUUCCUCCUCCUCCUCCGGCUCGUCCUCGGCCAGCGCCUCGCCUGCCGCUGCCGCUGCUGUUUCUUCCUCCGCCUCGAGCGCCGCCGCGCCUGCUUCUUCCACCGUCGCCGCUCAGGAGACCACCUCCUCCGCCGCGGCCGUCGCCUCGACCACCUCUUCUGCCGCCGUGGCCACCCCCACCACCCUCCAGACUCUUGUCAGCUCUGCCGCUGCCUCUUCUUCCGCCGCCGCCCAGCCUACCGGCCAGACCGGCAGCGUCCCCGCCACUAGCAGCAACGGCGGUGAUGACAGCAGCGACAGCUCUUCGUCCACCACCACCAGCGGUAACGGCCUCAGCGCCGACGAGCAGGAGGAGGUCAACCAGGGCAUCUACUCCUGGUACCAGUCGCUCAAGGCCUGGUGGUCCGCCAACCAGUAA